AUGGCUCUGGUUGCAGUGGAUACGCUUGUUAGGCGGAUCAUACCGACUGUGAGUAGGCUCACAUGUGUAGCCUACGGUGACUGGAGCCGGAGAGAUGGCAUCAAGGGCCACGCUCCGAGCCCGGUCAAGGGGUUGAAAGAGGCAUUGCGGAAGCGCGCGACAGUGGUUUCCAUGGACGAGUUCAGGACGAGCAAGCUAUGCUCGCAGUGCCACCAGUCGCUUUCGAGCGUCCAGUACCCUACUCCAGUCUUUCCCAAAAACGUCGACAAGCCCAAGAGAAAGAAGGUCAAGGGCAAAAUCCUCCCACGUGAUUGGUCCCAGGCUGAGAUCCAGUCACGCCACUGCCACGUCGUGCUUCUCUGUGAGAACAAGAUCUGCCAAGCGAGGUACUGGGACCGAGACGUGAACGCCGCCAUCAACAUGCUGGAACUGCUGAUGAGCGAGGUGUAA